AUGGAGGAAGCAAAGGACAAUAUGAAUCCCGUGACACAGCAGAUCAGUACAGCCGACGAUGACAUGCACAAGCAGAGGCAUGUCGUCAAGGAGACCAAUGUAGCUUCAGUGGCUCUGGCCGCGGCCAUGGAGGCAGAGAAGCCAAAACUGCUUUCCAAAGGCAUGAUUCAGCUCUACAUGAUUAUGGGUAUUGGUUACCUCGUCUCGACACUCAACGGUUUCGACAGCUCCCUCAUGGGUUCCAUCAAUGCCAUGAAAGGCUACCAAAACACCUUUGGUUUGACCGGCGCGGGCUCCAGCACUGGUAUCAUCUUCAUUAUCUACAAUCUUGGACAAAUCGCGGCUUUCCCCGUUUGUGGUUUCCUCGCUGAUGGCUACGGACGACGUAUUUGUAUCUUCGUUGGCUGUGCGCUCGUCAUUGUUGGUACCGCUAUCCAAGCAACAGCCCAUGAGACAGGCCACUUCAUUGGUGGUCGCUUCGUACUCGGAUUCGGUGCUUCUAUCGCUUCGGCCGCUGGUCCUGCUUACACUGUUGAGCUUGCCCAUCCUGCUUACCGUGGACUUAUGGCAGGCAUGUACAAUAACUUCUGGUGGCUUGGCAACAUUCUGGCUGGCUGGACUACUUACGGCACUAAUUUACACAUGGGCAACUCGUCAUGGGCCUGGAGGAUCCCCACCAUUGUCCAGUGCAUCCUGCCUACCAUUGUCAUGUCCCUGAUCAUGUUCUUCCCUGAAACCCCACGAUGGCUUUUAGCCCAUGACAGGAGGGAAGAAGCCAUUGCCAUCAUGGCAAAGUACCAUGGUAACGGAAACCCCGACUCACCCAUUGUACAACUCCAACUCCACGAGAUCACAGAGGACUUUGCCCUGUCACGUGACGACAACCCAUGGUGGGACUUCCGCGAGCUGGCCAACACCCGCGCUGCGCGUUACCGUCUCGCCAUGGUCAUCGCCAUGGCUUUCUUCGGUCAAUGGAGUGGAAACAACGUCGUCAGCUACUUCAUGCCUUCAAUGAUCAAGAACGCUGGUAUCACCGACCCCAACAAGCAACUCCUCAUCAACGCAAUCAACCCCAUAUUUAGUAUGCUUGCGGCCAUUUACGGUGCUACAAUCCUAGACCGCGUGGGCCGCAGAAAGAUGCUCAUGGGCGGUCUCUGGGGCGGUCUCUUCGCCUACGUCCUCCUUACCGCCUUCACCGCAACUGCAAACUCAGGAAACAACCUCGCCUACGGCACAAUCGUCUCAAUCUACCUCUUCGGCAUCUUCUUCGCCGGUGGCUGGACUCCCCUGCAGACUCUCUACUCUGUCGAGUGCCUUGAGAACCGCACCCGUGCAAAGGGCUCCGGUCUCAACUUUUUGUUCUUGAACGUCGCCAUGAUGGUGAACACGUACGGAAUCUCCGUUGGUAUUGAGAAGAUUGGGUGGAAGUUGUACUUGGUCUACAUUGGCUGGAUUUGCGUAGAAAUUACCGUCAUAUUCUUCUUCUUCGUGGAGACGAGUGGCAAGACGCUUGAAGAGCUCAAGGAGAUUUUCGAAGCUCCAAACCCUGCAAAGGCAAGUUUGAGAAAGUCAAGGGUUGCCAUUGAUGAGACUGGUCAGAUUCACAGUGUGGAGGAUUAG